UUCUCCCUACCUUCAAGCGAUUCUCAACGUCUGUCGGCCAUAUUGGAUUUUGUUCUAUUCGCAAUGUCGGUUGGGCUUAAAAUAUGAUCAAUUUUUACGAAGAAAAUAUGAUUCUGGGUGUAGUUUAAUCUGUUGAGAAACGUUAUCAAAAUGGAUGACAUGGAGACUCUCCUCGACCAUAUUUACAUUCAUACAUGUAAAAUUUUAAAAUAAAAUUGUGCAUAUUUACAAUGUUACUUUAUUAAGUGCAUUUACAGAUUGUUUAUACAUAGUGCUAUUAUAAAAUAUAACUGUCACAUAGGAACUGUCAACCAUUUGGGAUUUUUUUUAAGACAUGUGACUGUAAUGAAUUGAACCAUAAUUUCAUGGUAUUUGAGUGUUUACAUUUUGGUGAAAUCAUUAUCAAAUUUCUAUGACAAUGGAAAGUAAUAGUGAGACACAGUGGUUAUUAGAAGCCAUUCGAAAAAUAAAGCAACAAAAGCAGAGGCCAAAUAUUGACAGAAUAUGCAAUGCUGUAAAGCAUGGUCAUCAAAUUACAAGAGAUGACAUUGAAAAACACUUGGAAAUAGCAGUGGAAAAUGGAGCUAUUCUUAAGGUGCAUAAUAAAGGAAUGGUGUCCUACAAAGAUCCAUGCCGAGUUGCACAGCUGAGUACAAGGUUAUUAAAAAUCGGUAAAAAAACGGAUUUGUCAAAAAUUAUUGCAAGAUCUGUUCGAGAACUUGGGGAAGUCCAUGGUUCUACACUGAGAGCAAUCGCAAAGUAUGUGCAGACGAGCUAUAACAUAGAAUUACAAGGAGAAACUGAACUUACUGCUCAAUUACAAACUUCAUUGAAGAAAGCAAUAGGUAAUGGUCUUUUAAUCAAAGAAGGCAGACAUGUUAAACUUGGCAAUGGAACAUUCAGUGAAACGGACUCUAAUAAUAGCAGUUUACAGGCCAGUUUUGAAGAAGAUCUGGAAAAUGUAGAAUUGAUAUUACCAUUUGAAAGAAAUAAAAAAAGAGCCAAACCUCUACCUUUGUGCAGUUUUUGUCUGGGAACUGCACAGGCAAAUAGAAAUGAUGAACAUGAAGAUUUAGUAUCUUGUGCUGACUGUGGCAGUAGUGGCCAUCCUUCUUGUCUAAAAUUCUCUCCUGAAGUUACAGCUAUUGUUAGAAAAUUACGAUGGCAGUGUAUUGAGUGUAAAAAAUGCUCUUUAUGUGGAAAUUCCGGAGUUGAGACUAACAUGCUGUUCUGUGAUGAAUGUGAUCGUGGUUACCAUAUGGUCUGUUGUGAUCCACCUCUCUCUAAACCACCCAAGGGAAAAUGGUCAUGUAAUUUGUGUGAUCCAGAUCGAGGGAAUAAAACUGGUCGUCAUUUUUUAGAAAUGGCAAUGAAAUACACAGCCAAAUGUCGUGCAAUGGCCAAUGAUCAAAAUAGUUCUAACUCUACCAAAAGCACACAUAGCAAAAGUACAACUCCCAAAGGUGCAAAGGGAAGACCAGUCAGUACACCAGUUAGAAUAGGAGGUACUCCUGGUAAAGUUGGAGGAACACCAGGUCGUGUUGGAAGACCUCCAAAAAAUAAAAAUAAAGAAAUCAAAGUUGUGGUAAAUGGACAUAAAAGUUCUAAAAGUGAUUCUGAAUCGGAUGAAGAUACUGUACCAUUCCACCCUCUGGAGGUGGACAGUGAUAAUGGUAGACCCAAAGGACUAGUAGAUGGUCUAUCUCGAUUCUUCACUCCAACAAAUAAACGCAAAUCUCGCGUGUCACUCAGUGCCUUUGACACGUUUCCUGUGGUUGUGAAAAAUGGGAAAAAACAGAAACCUAGCAAAUCUCAACAGGCAGCCAGUAAGCUGUUGAAAAAGUCAAAACUGCUUCAAGUUCACAAACGAAGGAAGAGUUGCGGUGAUUCACCAGGUACCAGCCAGUUAAAGGGUCUUUUUGAUGGCCUUUCUCACCUUUUUACUGCGCAAGGGGAGAGGAAACGUAAUUACUAUGCGCAGUACUCUCCCCCGCGACAAACAAAACAUAGUCUCUUUGUAUCUACCAGUACCCCGGUAGUGGAUAGUCCCUGUAGCAGUAAUCUUGAUGUCAAUGAUGUUUAUAACUUUGAUUGUUUAGAGAGCCCUGAACCAUUACCAGUUUUCAGGGGGGUAGGGAGGGGCAGGGGAUCUCACAAAAAGGACACUACUGACAGUUUUCCACUGUUUCCACCAAUUGAGAAGCGUAAAGAGCAGCAUGAUCAUAAGUUGAUGGACUGGCCCACCAAGGGUCGAGGCAGGGGAACACCUAAGGUUGAAUCAGAAAUAGAUCCUAGUGGUUUCUUUUCGCCUGGUGUCACAGAAACAGACAUUGAAAUGUUUAAUAAAGCUCGUGAAUUGGCACAAGAAUCUUUAACUCAGGCAGCCUCUACAUCUGAUGGCCCCCCACCAGAACCUCAGACUCGUUUCCCACCCUGUAUAGAAUUUGGUAAAUAUGACAUACAAACGUGGUAUUCAUCUCCAUAUCCUCAAGAAUAUGCAGGGUUACCAAAGCUUUAUAUCUGUGAAUAUUGUUUAAAGUUUAUGAAAAGUACCCGCUUACUCAAAAGACACAUGUCGAAAUGUCAAUUAAAUCACCCACCAGCCAAUGAGAUUUACCGUAAUGGAGAUUUAUCAGUGUUUGAGGUGGAUGGUAAUGUCAGUAAAAUAUAUUGUCAGAACUUAUGCCUACUGGCCAAACUGUUUCUAGAUCAUAAAACACUGUAUUAUGAUGUUGAACCAUUCCUAUUUUAUGUACUUACACAGAAUGAUAGUGAAGGCUGUCAUUUAGUUGGUUAUUUCUCUAAGGAGAAACAUUGUCAACAAAAAUAUAAUGUAUCAUGUAUAUUAUCAAUGCCUCAACAUCAAAGAAAAGGUUUUGGUAGAUUCCUGAUAGAAUUUAGUUAUUUAUUAUCACGUAUAGAAGAUCAACCAGGGUCACCGGAGAAACCUUUAUCUGAUUUAGGUAAAGUGUCUUAUUUAGCAUAUUGGAAGAGUAUUAUUAUGGAAUAUCUAUCUAAAUGUGAUGAAAGCAAGUUAACUAUUAAUGCAAUAAGUCGGACAACAGGGAUGUGUCCGUCAGAUAUAUCUAUAACAUUACAGAAUCUUAAUUUAAUGGCUAAAAAAGAUGGAAAGCUUGUUAUUGCUAAAAAUGAUAAAUUAAUCAGUGAAUAUAUGGAGAAAUUAAAGACACAGAAACGACUUGAGAUUGACCCAAAAUGUCUGCGAUGGACACCACUCAUCUCCACACAACAACUGCAAGAGGAAGAGGAAAAGGUUGAAAAUGAGCUGAAAAAGAUGACAGAAGAAAUAGAUGGUAUGACAGAAGAUAGAAAAGAUGGUAUUACAGUUGCUAGUCCACAGAAAGUAGAAACUCCUCCUGUAAAGAAAAAGCCUGGUAGAAAACCUGGAAGAAAAAGACUGAACAGUACAUUAAAUACUUCUCAAUCUUCAGAACCUGAAGCAAAGAGACCUCGUAGAACAGAAGAUAUAAGGAAUAACCAAUUCUAUACAGAUAAACCUGUUACUAAUGGUGUACAUAAGUCUCCACCUAAACAGCUUGCUAAGAAUAAAGCCAAUAAAGUUGUCAAGGUCCCCGGUAGGAGAGGUCGACCUCCUAAUAAAGAUAAACUUCUACAAUUGAUGCACAAAGUUGAAGAGAUAUCAGAAGAUGCUACACCACCAGCCAAAAAGAAGAUGGGGUGGCCUAAAGGUUUAAAAAGAGGGCCACCACAGAUCAGAGAGAAGAAACGAAUAGGGCGUCCUCGAAAGGUGAGUCAGUGGAGAAAAAAACUGGCUAACGUGAAGAAUACCAACAAUAAUCAUAGUCAACAAAAUGGUAAAAUAAAAGAAAAUGAUAGAGAUGUGGACAGUUCCGCAGCUGAGGAGAGUGAGAAAGAAAGUGAAAAAGAAAGUGAGAUUGAGAACUCGAGUCAAAAUGGUGAUGAGGAAAAUACUCAGUCAGAGACCACGGAAAUUGCUGCUGAAAAUGAUGUGGAUGAUAUGGAAACACAAAAUGAGAUGAGCAUAACCCAUGAACUAGAUGAUGGCGAUACAGCUUGUGAUGGGGAUGAUGAAAAACAAUCUGAUGAUGAAGAUAGUGACUCAUCAUCCUCUUCUUCGUCAUCUUCAUCAUCAUCCUCAUCAGAUGAAGAAGAAGAAGAGGAGGAAGAGGUUUAUGAAGGAGUUGAUCCAGACAUCUCUGCAACAUUAGAUGAAGAUACAAAAAUAUCGGAUUCUGUUUGUAAAUCUAUUGAAACACCUAUGGAAGAAGAUGAAGAAAUAAAAGAUGUGAUAGAACCACGUCAUAAUUAUAAAUCUGACAUAGAACCACCUAAAAUCAGUCACAUUGAUAGUCCGCAUAGUAUCGAACAAGUGAGAGAACCUAUUUUAAGUGUCUCUUCCGGUGUACCUGAACCUAGUCCUGUUAUCGAAGUUCCUGAUUCUCCUGAAGAAAAUAGCGAAGAACAGCCUGCUCCUUUAACACCUCAAGUGCCCACACCCGAUUCAGUUCCUGCGCCUCUAUCCCCUCCAGCACCUCUCUCGCCUUCUGCUCCUCUUUCACCACCAGCCCCACCCUCAGCGCCUUCACCAGAAUCUAAUAAAGCAGAUGAUGACGACAAUGAUGAUGAUGAUGAUGAUGAUAUAGAGGAAGAAGAACAACCAGUAAAUAGUCCCGCUUUAACAUCCGCAAGUGAACCAGCUGUCUUGACGCCAGCUGCUCCAACUCCGUCAGCUCUAACUCCAGCUGAAGAAUCGGUCGUGCAUCAUUCUCCCACUAAAACAUCCCAAGAUGCAAACUUAAGUAAUGAUGGGAGUUUUCAUAAUAUGGGUAGUAAUUCUACAACUCAAGAGAGUUUACCACCAUCAAAUAAUUAUGAACAGACAUUUUCUAAUGAAAUUCAACAAAAUAUGGAACAAAUGGAUGAGAGUAGGACAAAUAAUUUAGCUGCAGAGCAAAUGGCAACUCAGUCUGAGGCUAUGGGUAUGAACAAUGUUGAGGCUUCGGCUGCACAAUUACCUCAGCAAGCGCAACAGCAUCAACAACAACCACCACCACCACCCCCACAACAGCAACAACAACCAAACAUGACACCAACACGUACUCCAAGUUGUCCCCCUCCGUAUAGUAACAAUGUUAAAGCUGUGUUUUCACCUCAACCACCUACUCCUAUAAACAAUAUGCCAAGUUCUAAUGCGGGUAUGACUAGUAAUUAUAAUUCAGUGGAAAUUGAUGUUACACAGUUAGGUUUGGAAUCUCCUACCUCUAUAAGUAGUAGUGAAAUGGCUAAUAACUCUGUCGGUAGUGUAGAAAAUGCUCCUGCCAUGUCAAUGAGCUAUUCAGACUGUGCUCACAUGCAACAAAUACAGCACAUGCAACAGUACUGCAAUAAUGCACCACGGGGUACACGUUUUAUGGACACUGUGAAUCCAAUGGGGCAAGUGCCUAUGCCAGUUAGUAGUACUUCCAACACUCACUUCCAACAUAUGCCAACCGUUUCCAAUCCACAGAAUUACGGAUCUCCUGCCAAUCAUCGUUAUAGUCCAUCAAUCUUGCCGCCCCCUCAAAGUACGCAAAGACUGAUGCAUAGUAAUAAUACACCCUGUGCAAUGAUUGGACGUCAGCAAUCUCAAACCCCAACCUAUACAACUAAUAUUGGUGGUAGUUUGGCCAAACUUCAACAAAUGACAAAUCAUAUAGACAAUAUCAUGCCUGAAAAUACCAUGACACCACCUCCAAAUCUAACCCCACCUCCUGUCAACAUGACUCCACCACCAGGCAUGAUUCGUAUGACAACACCACCCAUUCCUAAUCUCCAGCCAAACUUAUCAGCAUCAUCGCUUAUGGCACAACAGUGCAGUAAAUAUAACCGCCGUCAAUCAUCUUCUUCAUCGUCAGUGCGUAAGAGUCCGAGUGUGACACCAAAUGUGACUGUUAAUCCGAAUAUGACAUUUACACCUAAUGUGACAAUACAGCCAGGUUCUGGUAUGUUACCUCGUUACAAUAAUAUGUUUAAUAGUUAUCAGAUGCAGAACCCUAUGAUUAAUCCUGGUUAUAUAACCGCUAAUCAUGGCUUCCUUAAUCAACUUAAUCAGCAACAAUUACCCAUGCAGAUGCAAAUGAUGAAUAUGAAUAUGAAUAUGCACAUGCAGCCACAACGUUUUCAACAACAAAUCCAACAGAUGCAACAUGGGCAACCCAAUAAUCCUAUGUACGGUUAUGGCUACGGUCUACCUAUGAACGGAGUGAUGCGUCGAUAGAAUUGUAUGUUCGUGAAUAGAAACUCAUAUCUUAUAGUGCCCAAAAACUUGUGUUAUAUGAGUUGAUCGUGUUCUUAAGGGUAUCGCGUCACUCGUACUAUAUCUCCUGUGCUCAACUCGACUAUAUCAGUGUUUAUGUGUUGAAGAAUCUUUUUAUUGUGCUGAUAUUAAUUGUUUUGAGAGAGUAUGAAAUACAGACUAUUAAAGUGUAUAUAUAGAUAUAUAUAUAUAGAUGAUGAUACCAGUACUGUUAUGGUAAUUUGUUAUUUUGUGGUCAUGUACUCAACCUUGUAAGAAAGCAGAUCUUAAUUAUAUUCAUGAUCAUUUGUAAAUAUUGUUUUCAUUUAUAUAAAUAUUCAUUAUCACCUUGGACAGAGGUUUUGUCCCUAACUUAAGCAGAUCUUCAUUUCUAUAUUGUAUGUAAUAUUUUUUUUUCCUUUAAAUCUUGGAUGCCAAGGACCACAAUUAUCUCAUUGAAGGGCGGAGUAAAAGUUAUACUCCUGUUAUAUUAUGCUGUGAUUGUUGUGUUAGUAUAACACUAGGAAUUGUCAGGGGUGACAGUCACCUACCAGACUCCCUGUCAGUAUUAAUAUUUUGCAUUGUGUACAUGAUUUAUUCUAUGUGGACAUCACGCAGCAAAAUCCGUCAGAUGUCUCAGGAUAGCAAAAAACAAAAUAAAAAAUCGAAAAUGAUUAUCCAAUGAAUUAUAUUGUUGUACAGUUUCUAUUUCAUCCUUCCAAAUAGACAUUUUAUCAGAUUACUAUUAUAUCUGAUAUAUAUUAUUUUUGUCUAGAUUGUAAAGAAAUUGUUUAAAUAUGUACAUUGUGCAGUUUGAAAAAAAUAAAUUAUUAUAAUUCAAUAAGUUAAAA